AUGUCUGCAGUUCUACUCCGCUCUUGCCCCGACAAUAUCUUCGAUUCUUCUCAAUCCCCCUCUUUCAUUAUCAAACCCGUUCGUCUUCCGUACAUUCCUCCUGAAAUCAUCCGAAUCGUUCUCUCUUUUCUCAAAAAUGACAGGCAGGCGCUCGCUGCUUGUGCCCGAGUAAACAGCACUUUCAAUCUUCAUGUUACUCCAAUACUUUACUCGACCGUUUCUUUCGCAUUCCCAUAUAACUUUUCGCUCUUUGCAAACACCGUCAAUUAUCCGACUUACCGCACUCAAUGGAUCAAGCACCUUGACCUGUCUGCGUUCUCAACCAUAGGAUUACAAAAGAGUUAUGCAUCUUUGCAGAACAUAGUCGAUCCAUCCACAUUGGUCAAAAUAUUCCGUACAUGCUCCUCUUUGGAAUCCUUGUCUGUUUCCGAGUCUCUGGAGGAAGCUCUCACCUUCGAUGUGUUGAAGACGCUAUUCUUUGAUUGCAACAACAUCAAAACAAUCGAUUUUUGCGGAUUUUCGAGGAAAACGUUCACUGACGCAAUGAAUAGGCUAACCGCGCAAAUGGGUAGGCCUCAAAUAACCUAUGACGAAUCUGGCUACAAGUUUGUCACUCCCGCUGCUCUCUUUCCACACAUUAAACGGCUAUCUCUACACGAAUGCACGACCCUGGGCGAAUACAACGUCAUCAUUCCUCUUCUCGCUCACUCACCCAAUCUUACCCACUUGGACGUGGGUGGAUGUUCGAUUACAGACGUUACAUUGCGAUUCAUGAUGGACUAUACCAACAUUCCAAACACUUUGACACAUUUGUCGACUGCCAAGUGUAAGGCGCUGUCAUUCGAUGGUAUUGCGGACUUUGUCGAGCAAUGUCAGUCACUGGUGCAUUUGAAUGUGUAUUCGGACAGACCGGUCACCACUGCAUUAACUGAACAGAGUUUGAUCCGUAUUAUGAGAUCACAAACUAUGAAGAAUAUCGAAACUUUGGAUAUCGGAUCGACUUAUAUCAUGCCCAGCGUGUUGCGUGCUAUUAAAGAGAACUGUUCAACCAAAUUGAAAAAACUUGGACUUGCUAAUGCACCAAUCACGUCACUUGCAUGUAUCACAGAUUUUCUUUCCUCGAUGCCUCAACUCGAAUACGUUGACUUGACAAACGUUCCUUGUCUAAACCUAAUCACAACAAACACGCUGUUAACCAGUCUGAUCAAGAACGAGUCGCAUCAAAUACACACGAUCGAAUUGUCUCAGGCAUUGUUGGGCAAAUUGGGCACUCUGCCCAAAUGGAAGAUUGUAAAGAAUUAUGGGCGAAGAUGGUAUUACGCCAAGAUUGAAAGAAAAGAUGGAAUUAAAGCGGACCGAGUUCAUGGAAGGAAAUUGGAUAUCACCGAGACUGGACCUGAGAGAAUGAGUAACAUCCAUCAAUACUAUUCAUUUGGAGUAUGA